GAUGCAUCAUCAACCAAUGAGCUUCCACUCAGUGCCAUCAAAAGCAAAGGCAAGAAAAUAGGAUCCAUUUCCAUUCUUCCACUUCCCUAGUUCCACCAAAAAAGGUCAAAACACAAGGGCAAAAUAAGGGAACAAAGGAAUUUGGUUCCACUAGAGAAUGGGAACCCAACAUAAGAAUGUGGGACUUGAAAGUGAUCAAUUGACACAGAGCCUCUCAUCUCAAGCACACACAUGUCAAAAUUGCUCCUGAAAUCCCUUUAUAUAUUUAUUUAACAUUACAUAGUAAUCACACACCAUGAACAAGAAGAGACCCUUUUCUGUUCACUUCAAUUGAUCUCCCUCUUUGGAUACCCUUUUGUUAAAGCUAAGAUUUUUCUUUCAGAUUUGGGAAGAGAAGGAGGUGGGGGAAGAUAAAAAUUACAGGCAGUAACAAAACUUAAGAGAGAGAAACAACAUAGAGCACAAACGUGAGGCUCUUGUUGAAACACACAAGUGCAUACCCGUUGUCAUCAUAUCUUUAAAUUUCUCAACUUGUUUGUCCUUGAAUUCUUUGCUUCAGUUGCAUCCUUAUAUUUGGGACCAGGAAGAGGAGUGAGAACUAAUCAACCAAACCAACCCCAAAGCUUGAUUCUUCAUCUCCAAUGGCCACAUGGGUUUUCUCAGAAUGUGGCUUAAGGCCUCUUCCUCCAGUGUUUCCAAGACCAAGAACAGGACCCAUUUCAUGCCAUAAGCCUUCAAAGUUUAGAUUUUUGAACACAAAUAAAGGGGUGGCAGAUCUGAAGCUUCAACAAAGAAAGUGGGAAUUGAGAGUGAGCGCUCCUCUAAGGGUUGUUACCACUGAAGGAGAAGAAAAGAGAAUCAAUGGGGUUGGAGAGGAACUACCAGAAUUUGACCCUAGUUCACCGCCACCCUUCAAAUUGGCUGAUAUUAGAGCAGCCAUUCCUAAGCACUGUUGGGUGAAGGAUCCAUGGAAGUCCAUGAGCUAUGUAGUGAGGGAUGUUAUUGUGGUUUUUGGGUUGGCCGCAGCUGCAGCUUAUCUCAAUAACUGGGUUGUUUGGCCUCUCUACUGGGCUGCUCAAGGGACCAUGUUUUGGGCCCUUUUUGUUCUUGGUCAUGAUUGUGGUCAUGGAAGCUUUUCAAAUAAUCCUAAGCUCAAUAGCGUUGUUGGGCACUUGCUGCAUUCUUCAAUUCUAGUACCAUAUCAUGGAUGGAGAAUCAGUCAUAGAACACAUCAUCAAAACCAUGGACAUGUUGAAAAUGACGAAUCUUGGCACCCGUUGCCUGAGAAAAUCUUCAAGAGUUUGGACAAUGUAACACGUAUUUUAAGAUUCACAGUACCUUUUCCAUUGCUUGCGUAUCCUAUCUACCUUUGGAACAGGAGUCCUGGGAAGACUGGUUCUCACUUCAAUCCAAGCAGUGACUUGUUUGUUCCCAGUGAGAGAAAAGAUGUUAUCACUUCAACAAUUUGUUGGACAGCUAUGGCUGCUUUGCUUGUUGGUUUGGGAUUUGUAAUGGGUCCAGUUCAAUUGCUAAAGCUUUAUGGCAUUCCCUACGCGAUUUUUGUUAUGUGGUUGGAUUUGGUGACUUACUUGCAUCACCAUGGCCAUGAAGACAAAUUACCAUGGUAUCGUGGACAGGAAUGGACCUAUCUUAGGGGUGGACUCACAACUAUUGAUCGUGAUUAUGGAUGGAUUAACAACGUCCACCAUGAUAUUGGAACACAUGUCAUUCAUCACCUCUUUCCUCAAAUCCCACACUAUCACUUAAUAGAAGCAACUGAGGCAGCUAAGCCUAUUCUUGGCAAAUAUUACCGGGAGCCAAAGAAGUCUAGCCCUCUUCCAUUUUACCUCAUUGGAGAAUUGAUAAGAAGCAUGAAGAAAGACCAUUUUGUCAGUGACACGGGGGAUAUUGUGUACUACCAAACAGACCCUACUAUCAGUGGCUCUUCUACAUCAAAGUAAAGCUUCAAUUUUUUCCUCUUGAAGACAAGAGAGG